GUGGCCCCUCCCCACCUUAGCUUUCCCUUCGUUGUCAAGAGGAACAGUCCCUCAGUCCGACCACGACUCCCGGGAAAUUGGACGAAGGUAGCAUCUACGCCCGUCAACUUCGACUCGACACUCUGUGCAACUGCUUUUGCUUCUCUCUCUAUCCGCUUCCCCUCGUUCCCUUCUCCUCCAGUUGUUGAGCUGUUCACCUUCACAUCUUUACCUUGACCUGCUCCUCAUGGGUCUUGAUGGCCCUGUUUUGUCCAACCCAUCACAGCGAAAACCACACCACUCCAUUUUUGGAAACAUUGCAACUUUAGCAAGCCGCAGAACACCAGCAAGGCCACACCCUCAUUAGCAGCUAAUGAUCUGUUGCUCCAUCUCGACAUAGCAGUCUAGACGAUGACGGUCUUCUGCUGUUGUGGGGUACCUCGCCCUCCCAAGACAGCGACGCCGUCAACAUUGAGUCCCCAGAACCAGACUCCGAAGCCCUCGGGUGCACUUCCAGCACUUCCUCCUCCUGCUCGCUUACCUGUUGCAGGACCACUUACAUCCAACCCAGUCAUCGCCAUUCCGCUGUCCGCUGACGCCCAUCGAGACUCCCCCAGCAAGUCUGGUACAUCAUUGCAGCUAGCGACAUCUUCUGUCAUCGUUCCCAUUGGGCCAGCCGAUUUGAGCGACCUUGUAGUAGAAGAUUCCGAUGAUGACCUACCGGGUAGAUCAACCGAGCCCAGCAAGAGUACCAGCACUCUCCAGCUCGUCAAAGAGAAUAUUCGUCGCCACUUGUCCCAAGACUCGUUGCCAAAGAAAAAGUCUCGCUCAGCCGUUGGUAGCAGUCAGGAGGAAAUCCAACGACGGGCCGAGCUGAAGAGACUGAUGCACAAAAGGAUACAAGAGGAACUCCGUAUAGAGCAAUCCCACGAGCGCUCUCAGAGUGAGGUCUCGUCUGUGCUGCCACCCCCCAGAUCUUCUUCACUUGACUACCUUCCAGGUGGAGGACCUCGUGAUGCACUGGAGUUCUCAGUAGCCCAAGAAGAGGAGGAGGCACACCCUGACAUGACCUCUUCGACCAUUGCAAAGUCCGGUGCCAGUAUCUCCCCAUCAGGGGCGGUUCCCCCUUCUGACAAGGAAAAUAGUCGACCGCGGGCAAACAGUCUCAAAUAUCCUACAAUUGCUUUCAACCAGAAGCCAAUUCGAGAACGCAAUUCACUUCCGGAAAUGCCAGCUUCUCCGGUCUUGGCUCCGCAGCGCUAUUCAAAUACGAUCGACACUUCUUCCCUGGGCUCCUGGAGGCUUUCUUACAGCGCUACUCAGCUCGAAGACUUUCUGAGCUUCAUCGAUCAAGACGGUUCAUCCAAAGACGCCGAGUCCUUCCUCAAAGUAGCAGCUUCGAGGGUAGCUACCUCACGUUCAGCACCGCUUCUACGCCGGUCCAAGUCAGAGACUCGUCCACGCACUUCCCCAGCCCGCACGCCUGGGAAUGCAACUCCUUGUGUGUUGGAUCAGUCACCAAUGGGUAUCUGGCUCAGAAGCCAGGGUCUUGGGUCCUGUUCGCCAUCAAUUUCCCUGGGUAGGACUUCGGAUAGAGACGGCGAUCCUGAAAUAAGCGUAGAGCAGGCCAAAGUGGUCAUGCUCAAGAGAUGCAGCUCAAUCCCCAACCAUGCUGGCGGUGACAUUGGUCUUCAGCGCCCUGAGAUUGUCCAUCUUCAUGACAUGGAUAUCCAUCGACAACUGGUUACACAAACUCUCAACACCCCUGAGGAAUCCCCUGCAAAUACCGAGUCGGAACAAAACACAGUUCGUAGGUAUCCUGUGAGACACGGCAGCUCUGAUCAGACAGCUGCAUACGAAUCUGAAACAUCACAGAGGCAGCUCAACGGUCAAGCUGGCCUUAUUACCAACCCAUCAUCGGCAUAUCCUUCAGCUGGAAAUAGCGCCGACCCAAGCGCAGGCAAUUCUUCAUCGCAUCUGCCGUCAGGUGUCAUGGGUCCUAAUAACUUGUUUGCAGCGACACCACUGAGAUGGCUCCUUUCGCCCAAUCCUUUUAGUGAAAGCCAUUCAAACACGGCCACGGGAAGGAACUCGCUUGACAAUUCUAUUGCUGGAGGCACCGCCACUCAGACGGGGCUGGUCUCUCCCAGCGCGGUAUCGAAUACCAUGAACAAACGGCAGUCGUUACCAAAGCUAAACAAGGUUGAGAGGGGCUUUGCCCGUUUCCAUCUAGGACAUGGGGCACCGUCCACUAUCGCCAAACGGUUCGAGAAAACCACCGAACCCAAGCAACUACGCGCCGAACCUUCGAAGCGCUCAUUGCUCGCACGAUUGCAUUUGAGCCUACCCCGACGAAUCAAACUACCCCCGACGGCCUUUGACGGUCAGGUAGAUGAUGAGCAAGAGGUGCCAGUGCCGUCUACAUCACGUCCUGCUGAUUCCCGGAGGCAUACAUUUGACGGUCAGGUAGACGACGAACAAGAAACGGCAGUGCCAUCUACAUCACGUCCUGCUGAUUCCCGGAGGCAUAAGAAAUCAACGCUCAGUGAUGUCGGUCCGCAAUCGCUUCGUUCAGGAAUCGAGUUUCCGUUCUCCGACUGCGAUGAUAGCACAGUAGAGCUUUGGCAACGUGCCGUGAGGGAGGAGAUCUGCAGGCGCGCUGGAACAAAACGCAGCAACAUCCUCUUCUCUUCCUCUGACCUCUUGCUACCAGAGGACCUUCCACCCAAAACUUAUUAUCCCUAUCCAUACCCAGGAGCGCGCCCCGGCGGCCAAGACCAAAACAGUCGUACCGCAUCCAUUUCCACUGAAGUACCUACCAAACCACGCCAAAGUGAUCUAGUGCCUAGCAAUAGUGUUUCGGAUGCCGAAGCUGUGCGCAGGUCGUCGCUUGACAGCCCUGGACCCGAGUCACAGAAGCCUCGAAAGUUUCCUGAGGCAUGGGCAAGGUUUCCUUCACACAAUCGUGCAGAACGAAAUGCGGAUCAUGGCGACAACGCGGACCCAGUUAGGUCCGCUCCAUGGGUUUCUUAUAGGCUGCCAACCCAAGAGACUACACAAACCCCUAUCACUAGGGACAAUCCCAAACGCUACGGUGACGGGGUCAUGGGUCAUCGACAGAAGAAUUCGAUGUCAAGCAAACUCGGAAAGGCUCUCAAAUCCGGCCUCAACAAGCUUGUUCACUCCCGCAGAGCAUCAGAUGUUUCAUGCGGUGGGUCACAUCGCGACCAGGCAAGAGCCACAAUGGAAUACCCUGAGCUUGCACUCCAUCCCACCGAAGCUGGUUAUCGAGAGCUCGAAGCAUUGGGGCGGGAGAUCAGACGCUUGAAGCGGUCGAUGUCGGGGGAGUGGGUGGAAGAUGGUGAAAGGAAUUGGGUAGCCAACGGUGCUGCUUUUGGCGAUGAUUCUCAAGAGUUCAAUACCGCCAGUCAACGGAAUUUAACAACACCAGGAACUCUACCCAGAAGUCGUGGAAGGGAUUCAUCAGCUGCUACCGAUAAGUUUGCUACGCCACUCAGCUCUCCCUCUCUCAACGAUGCUUCGUUUCACUCCUUUCCGCGCUCGAAUUCGCCAGAGUCUAGACGUCAGUCGUCUAUCCCCAUUUUGACCAAAGCAGCAUUGCCAGAGAUCAAAAUUACCGACAUGACUUCGGUCAAGAGCGACACAACCUUGGUGCUAAAAACGCACCAGGUUAGAUUUUCUGAUGAGAACGGCCAGGGUCAGACUGAUUUGGCCACUUCUGGUUCCUCAAAGUACAAUACCUGGAGUGGUCCGAAUGAUUUUCAGACUACCGAUGAGGCAAGAGAUUCAGAUGACAGUGAACAUGUGUUUCCUCACAACAACAAGCGGAGAUCUCAUCCAGAGAACUCGCUGUCAAUCCAACAGAUAGCCGCCGGCCACGUGUAGGAAAAGGGGAAGGAGUGAAGUAUUGCUGGUGCUUAUGGUGAUCAAGCAUAUCUUUGCUUUUGAUGUUUAAUGUCUUAUUGGCUGUAUCAUAUGAGGGGAUCCCAUGGGUUAGGUAUUGUGCGGAGGAGAGAUUCAAGAUGUAUGUUUAGUGUUUGAUGUUUCUGCAAAAAGUUCGAAGGUUUCAACGAGGCCCAUACCAGAGAGGAAUGUAUUAACCGGGCUGAAUCGAGCCUCUAGGACUACAUCUCUGCGUUGUAUGCUCUCGUUUGUUGCAUGGAAGAACGAGUGAUGUCAAGCUUUCUCUGUUAUUUGGUUGUCUAUCAG